UGUAUGAAUAUAGUCCAUCAUAAAACCGACAACUCAACGCUAGCAUUAAAUUAAUUAACUAUAAUAUUACCCAAAAUAAAAAAUCAGUAAUAUUGAAAGCGAGUGUGUUAUGUUGUUAAUGUUAGUGGUGUCGUUGUUAUAGUUACACUUUUAGGUAAAAAAAAAUCAAUGGGGCGGUGGUGGUGGAAAACGGCGGCGUUGGUCGCAAUAGCCGCCUUGUUAUUAAGAUCUUACGGCGGAGAACUGAUCGGAGUUAGUUGGGACAAAGAAUCGUUGAUGAAAUGGAUGAGUGAUUUAUCUGAUAAAUUAGGGAUUUGGGCGAUUCCUCUUUACAUCUCAGUUCACACAAUCUCCAUCGCUCUUUGUUUACCUUCCGCUAUUUUUCUCGAAACCGUUGCUUCUCUUCUCUUCGGAUUCUUACCUUCUGUUCUCUGUGUUUUCUCUGCGAAGAUCCUUGCUGCAUCGCUUUCAUUCUCGAUUGGCAGGUUAGUAUUCAGGAAUUCAAGUUCAGCAAUGGACUGGGCUCAAAGAAACAAAUAUUUUAAAAUCCUCUCAAACGGAGUUGCGCGAGAUGGUUGGAAGUUUGUUCUUCUCGCCCGAUUCUCACCCGUGCCUUCCUAUAUUAUUAACUACACCUUAGCUGCAACUGAAGUUAGGUUCUUUUUGGAUUUUCUUCUUCCCACCGUUGUCGGAUGCCUCCCCAUGAUCUUGCAGAAUACAUCUAUCGGAAGCCUUGCCGGUGCAGCUGUUUCCACAGCAUCUGGCUCUAAGAAAUCUCAAUUUUGGUCUUACUUUUUCCCCAUAGUUGGUAUUUUAUCUAGUGUACUUAUUUCUUUGAGAAUUAAGAAGUAUUCAUCCCAAAUUUCAGUACCCGAAAUCUCUUCCGACAAAGAUAACACCGUUGAGUCAAAAUAGUAAAACUGUAUCAACCGAAUUGUAUUUAUGAGAGACAAUAGCGAAGAAGACUGUAUUUUGGCAUGAUUGUCAUUUUGGUAUGACUUUUUCUUGUUAUGACUUGAUCUUCAUUUAAUCUGGUAGUUGAACUUCAUUUAGGUUAUGUGGACUUUUGGCUAUGUUAAUGGAGUUAAGGUGUUUGAUGA